GCAAGGUAUCAUCAACUUCAAUUCCAAUUAACAACAACCGCAAAGAUGGCGCCUUCUCAACUCCCCCCCAUCUUCAACCCUACCAGCCAGGAUAUUGAGAUGCUCUUGAGCGCUCAAUGCCACCUUGGAUCCAAGAACCUCCAGGUUCACAUGGAACCAUACCUCUGGAAGACUCGCCCUGAUGGAAUCAAUGUCAUCAACAUUGGCAAGACCUGGGAGAAGAUCGUCCUCGCAGCCCGCAUCAUCGCAGCUGUCGACAACCCCGCCGAUAUCUGUGUCAUCUCUGCUCGUCCUUACGGACAGCGCGCUGUUUUGAAGUUCGCAGCCCACACCGGUGCCGUCGCCAUUGCUGGUCGUUUCACCCCUGGUAACUUCACCAACUACAUCACCCGCUCCUUCAAGGAACCCCGCCUCAUCAUCGUCACCGAUCCCCGUACCGAUGCUCAAGCCAUCAAGGAGGCUUCCUACGUCAACAUCCCAGUCAUUGCUCUUUGCGAUACUGAUUCCCCAACCGAGUUCGUCGAUGUCGCUAUCCCAACCAACAACAAGGGCCGUCACUCCAUUGGUUUGGUCUGGUGGAUGUUGGCUCGUGAGGUCUUGAGACUCCGUGGAUCCAUCGCUUCUCGCGAAGCUGAGUGGGAUGUCAUGGUCGAUCUUUACUUCUACCGUGAUCCUGAGGCUGAGGAAAACAAGGAGGCCAUUGAGGAGGCUAAGGUCGAGGAGGCUGCUCCAGCUGCUGAUACUGCUUUCGCAUCCGGAGGUGAUUGGGAGGUUUCUGGUGCUCAGGCUACUGCAUUCGCUGGAGCUGCUGCCACACCUGCCGCUGCUGGUGCUGGAUGGGAGGCUGGAGCUGGUGAGGACUGGGCUGCUCAAUCAACACCCGCUGCCGACAACUGGGGAGCUGCUGAUGCCAAGCCAGCCGAGCAAUGGUAAAUUUCUUGUUCGCAAAAAUGGUAAUUCUGCAUUCUGGCUGUGGCCAAGGGUCAACUUGGUCAGUACUCAUGAAGGAAAGAUACUCUUGAACUGUCCACUCAUUCAGUGAUAGAGGGAAAGCCUUGUACUUGCCAAACAUUGGGGUUGCUUAAUCGCGUUCCGCCUUUGCGUUCUCAGAUCUGUAAUGUAGCAAGAACUUGCGCUAGCAUAGAAGAAAAUCUUCUGCAAAGCAACCC